UUCAUUCAUUCUGUGUUGUCAUCGACACGACGGCGGGUGUGCGGUCCGUUUUCUGUCUGGUGUUAUUUUUUGACUAUAGGCAAGAAAAAGGCAAAACUGUCAGCCAUCGAACGAGGGAAGUUGAAAUUAGUGUCUUCGGUGAAUGGCGAUAAAUAUUUGCGAUAUCUACAUUUGCGGAGGUAAACUGUAAAUUGACAGUGUGCCGUCUUGCGGUUUGUCGUUUUGUUCUCUGCGUAGUGCAAAUUAGUACGGAACGGAAUAUGACAGAAAAAUUACGUGGUACGGAAUGUCAGUUUUGGUGAAAUUGCGAAAUCCCCGAGGAGAUUGUUUUUCGGCAGUGGCAAAAUAAAUUUAUUUUUCUCACUUGGUGAAUCAGCAACUUUGGAAUAACUAUUGAAAGUACGGUUCGAAGAUAAUCGCUUGAAUUACUAGCAAUGCAUUGUUCGAACGGAUACCAGCGUUGAACGAUGUUUGAUGGAAUUCUUCGAACCAGUGAAAAUGUGUCAGUGCAGUGUAGAUUAGGGAAGUGUGUUAAUGUUCGUGUUUGGCCGGCCAGUGUCGCGAAAUAACCGUGCUUUGUGAAAGUUAAAUUUCCGGAAUAAAACAAAAGCCAUAAGCCAUUUCAUCCAAGAUGCCGAUCGUUCUGAGCGGCACACUACCAUUGCCCAGUAUUCGAGUUUAUACCAGUGCCAGCAUUCUACUGGUUUCUUUCUGUUUGUAUUAUUCGGUAAGUGUGACCAGUGAUCCCUUCUGGAGGCAGCAGAGUAAUGCCACCAGCAGCGCUGUCGGUGGAAAUGUGAAUAGUGUUUUGACCGGUUCCGUAUCUUCGGCUGCGGCUACGGCAACUGGUGAUGCGGCCACAGGAGCCGUUGCCGCUGGUGCUGGUGCAAAUAUAGCCGCUCCAGAUAAAUUGAGCUCUGUGUUGACGGUAAAAGAACUCAAUGACCUGGAGGAAAAAAUAUUGGCCGCCACUAGCGACGAUUUGCAGAAAAUGAUUGAACACGAAGCAGUACUGUUGGAGCAUUCGGUUGCCAACGAUUCCAGGACGAUCGGGGCUCACCUGAAAGAUGUCGCCUCCUUUAUGGGAAGUGAACCAGUUUGUAUUUGGACUCUGAUCAAUAUGGCAUACUGUUGUCUGGUUUUGCUUGGAAAAUCAAUCCAGAAAGUGGUUUUCGGUGAACUGCGCAUCUCUGAACAGCAGCACAUGAAAGACAAAUUUUGGAACUUUAUCUUCUACAAGUUUAUCUUCGUGUUCGGUGUCGUGAACGUGCAAUAUCUUCAUGAGGUCAUCCUGUGGGUGUCGUGGUUCUCCGUCCUCGGAUUUCUCCAUCUGCUGUCACAGCUGAGUAAAGAUCGCUUCGAAUACCUCUCGUUCAGCCCCACAACACCGGGAUGGUCCCAUUUUCGGCUGAUCGCGCUUCUGUCGGCAAUCCUUACCCUGUCCGGUUUCAUGCUGAUCGUCUCGAUCGGAGUAGGCGUGUUCAUCAGCGGUGUCAACACAUUCGCCUUCAUGGCUGCCGAGUGCGUUCUGCUGUCGAUACGGACUCUGCACGUUCUGAUCCGGUACGGGAUGUUCCUUUACGAUAUGCGCCAGGGAGGAAUCACCCACGAGUCAAUUUCCUGGGACAAGCGAGGUCCGGUGGCUUACUACAUUGAGCUGUCGUUUGAGGUGGCGGCGCUCAUCGUUGAUUUCGGUCAUCAUUUGCACAUGCUACUGUGGAGUAACAUUUUCCUGUCGAUGGCCAGCUUGGUGAUCAUCAUGCAGCUGCGAUGUUUGAUCAACGAAAUUCAGCGGAAAAUCAAAAAACACCGUAACUACCUGUGGGUUUUGAAUCACAUGGAAAAAACGUACCCGUUGGCGACAUCGGAUGAUUUGAAACAAAACUCGGACAACUGUGCCAUCUGUUGGGAGAAAAUGGAGACGGCCAGGAAACUGCCCUGUGCACAUUUGUUCCACAAUUCGUGUCUUCAAUCGUGGCUAGAACAGGAUACGAGCUGCCCGACCUGUCGACUGGGACUCAGCGUUCAUAACAACAACGCCAACAUACUUCAAAACGAGAUUCACAUCGAGGAUACCGAACCACCCGGCCGGACAGCCAACAACCAUUUCUUUCAUUUCAACGGUUCCCGUUACGUAUCCUGGUUGCCGAAUUUCUCCGUCGAAGUUACCCACAUCAACUCGGUGCUUCGCAAUGAACCGAUCCCUCGCGAAACGGCAGCAGCCAAUCACACCUCUCAGAUACGAAACAUGGCACGGCACGUCCAGGAAAUGUUUCCUCGAUUUCCUCUUUCGAUAUUGAUUGCCGAUCUGCAAGUUUCCCGGUCGAUCGAGGUCACGAUCGAUAACAUACUCGAAGGGCGACUGCAAAUUCCGGCACGGUUUCAAGAAUUUGACGAACUCCUCGAUGACGACUCAACGCUCAACACCACGCCCAGUACUCCCAGUACGCUCAACGAUAGCAGUUUCAACAGUCCUACUCAGCCGUCCGAAACGCUUGGUUCCAGCAAUUCGACAACGGUACCAACAACGGAUUUCCCUGCCAUAGCACCCAAUGAUUAUUACGUGAAUUCAUCCGAAUUCAACCCGAGUGGCCAUUAUGGGUCGACUGGUUCGACUCCUUCCUCUCCUUCCGGUAGCUCCUCUGGCAGCAGCAGCAGUGGAUACGAGGUUGAACGAAGUACCAACAUUUUCGGAAACUUUGAUAAUUUGCUGCGAGACGAUAGCUUCGACGAUGUUCCACUGGGUGAUCGUUUCUCCAAAAGUUCAGAGGAACGGGAACGUAUUCUGCAGCGAAGAAAGGAACAGCUACUUAUGGUGGCCAGGAGAAAGUAUCUCGAAAAGAACAAAUCCGACCUGAACCAAUCUCCCGGAAGCCGAAGUUACAGCCAAACAGAUGGUGUUCGGCAUCGUAACAAAAGCUGCAUGGAGGAAACAGCCUACCCGCAGUCAAGUCAACAUUCGUCCGCAUCGCCACAGGCGUCCUUCCCAGAAGUAUUGUCGUCGUCGUCGUCGUCGUCACCGUACGACGACGUAGCAACGUAUUCGUCCUCGGCGCUCGGCGCUGCCAGUGAGCUAACAGCGGAAACGGCUACCAGUGAACAACAGCGACAGUGGUCACAUUAAAAAGACAGAACUAGAAAACAGAAAACUUUGCUGCUAGAAAUUAACAACAACAACAACAAUUGUGAUCAUUAUCGACUGGAGCAAAUUGCAAUGAAAAAAACUAAACACAAAAUCAACAAAAACUGCAAGCAAGGACGAAAUCAACAGUAUCGACUUAGAGCAUAGUAAUUAUAAUAACGGUUUAAUUUUUAGAAGGUCUGCCCUGAAGGCGACCGUUAGGCUUGUCCAGGCAAACUAAACAGAAGACAGUACUGAAUGUGUGAAUUGAUGACUGAAAUGAUCGACGAUCGUGAUGUGUUGUAACAUGAACAGACGGUAACAGCGAGUAGAAUUUUUUUUAUUUGGAUUAACAAACAGUACUGCAAGCGUUGUGAUGUUAUUUAUUUAUAUACUAUAGUGUGAACUAGUGAACUCUAGGCAAACGUAUUUUUAAAAUAAACGGAACACAAUAUGAGAAACAAGCAAGUCUUAGCCUAAUAAAAAUUCAUUUGUUAGUUUUGAUUUCUAAGUAA